AUGCUAUCUUUCCAGCAAGUAGUCAACUUCACGCAGAACACUCUCAGUUCAAUGCCACCGGGCUAUUUGCCCAAGUGGCUGCUCUUCAUCUCCGUUGUCUCGGUGCUUAACUCUAUCCAGACCUACAUUUCGGGUCUUGAACUCACCCGCAGGGUCUACGAGCGCAAGCCUUCCGAGACUACGAGUUUGAGUGCCAGAACAUUCGGCACCUGGACAUUCAUUAGCUGUGUCAUUAGACUCUACGGCGCAUUGUUCCUUUACGAGGAGCACAUCUACCAACUCGUGUGUAUCUCCUACCUUGUUGCCCUGUUCCACUUCGGCAGUGAACUGUUAGUGUUCCGCACCUGCAAACUGGGCAAAGGGUUCAUGGGCCCCCUCGUGGUGUCUACUACCUCUCUGUUGUGGAUGUACAACCAAAAGGAGUUCUACACUGGUAAGGGCUGGUAA